GUCUUUCUUCAACUAUGCGAUUAGUCAUGUUAUUGCCUCUCAAAACCGUUUGGAAGAAUCUACAAAGAAGGUCCAAGAUAUGUUGAGGGACAUAACUACAGCGUUCAGUGGUAUGGUGAGAGCUCUAGACUGGAUGGAUCACCGAACUAAAGCCGCAACUCUGGGCAAAGCCGCGGCCAUCAGAAAGUACGUUGGCUACCCUGAUUGGUUAAUGAACGUGACGGAACUGGAAAACCUUUACUCAAACUUGAACAUCACCAAGAGCAAGUUUCUCUGGAACAUGUUGUCCAUCAAGGCUAGUGAGGUGACGGAAGUUCUCAAUACGCUGGGAACAACUCCUCCCAACUCCACUGAGUUUAGAUGGGACAGUGAUCCUUUAGAAGUGAAUGCUUAUUACAGCAGAACAAUUAAUGCAAUAGCGAUUCCUGCCGGUAUUUUACAAAUUCCAUUUUACUUCUUGGGCAUAGAGUCCCUGAACUAUGGAGCGAUUGGAAGCAUUCUUGGACAUGAGCUAACCCACGGUUUUGAUAUUGAAGGGAAAGACUAUGACGAGACUGGGCAGAAAGCGUCCUGGUGGGACAGUAAAGUCUCGGACAUCUACAGUCAGAAGGCGGAGUGUUUUGUGGACCAGUACAGCAAGUUUUCCUUCCACAACUCUGAUCAGCUCAAGGUGAAUGGAACACUUACCCUGGCUGAAAACAUCGCUGACAACGGGGGAAUCCGCGAGGCUAUCCAAGGAUACAGACUGUACACGGCUCGUAAUGGACAAGAGCCUUACUUACCUGGACUUCAGCACUACUCUCAUGAGCAGCUGCUCUUCCUGGCUUUUGCUAAUGUGUGGUGUGAGGAGACGACGCCGCAGUUUGAGGCGAUGAGUCUUACGGAUUCUCAUAGCCCCAACAAGUUCCGAGUGCUCGGCAGUCUCUCUAACUCCCCCGAGUUCUCCAGUGUUUGGGGCUGUAAGACUGGCGCUCGCAUGAACCCGAGCCAUAAAUGUAUACUGUGGUGA